AUGGGAGCUGGGGCGAGUGCAGAGGAGAAGCACUCCAGGGAACUGGAGAAGAAGCUGAAGGAGGAUGCGGACAAGGAUGCCAGGACUGUCAAGCUGCUUCUGCUGGGGGCUGGUGAAUCUGGUAAAAGCACAAUUGUCAAACAAAUGAAAAUUAUCCACCAGGAUGGUUAUUCACUGGAAGAGUGCUUGGAGUUCAUUGUCAUCAUCUACAGCAACACUCUGCAGUCCAUCAUGGCCAUUGUGAAGGCGAUGAGCACUCUCAGCAUCGGCUAUGGAGACCCUGCCCAACAGGAUGAUGCCAGGAAGUUGAUGCAUCUAGCAGACACCAUCGAGGAAGGUACCAUGCCAAAGGAGCUGUCAGAGAUCAUCAUACGUCUCUGGAAAGAUUCUGGUAUCCAGGCCUGCUUUGAAAGAGCCUCGGAGUAUCAGCUGAACGACUCUGCUGGAUAUUACCUCAAUGACUUGGAGAGACUGGUACAGCCUGGGUAUGUACCUACUGAACAGGAUGUGCUGCGAUCAAGAGUUAAGACCACUGGUAUCAUCGAAACUCAGUUCUCCUUCAAGGAUCUCAACUUCAGGAUGUUUGAUGUCGGAGGUCAGCGCUCUGAGAGAAAAAAGUGGAUCCACUGCUUCGAAGGUGUGACAUGCAUCAUCUUUAUUGCUGCCCUGAGCGCCUAUGACAUGGUGCUGGUGGAAGACGAGGAAGUGAACCGAAUGCAUGAGAGUCUGCAUCUGUUCAACAGCAUCUGCAAUCACCGUUACUUCGCCACCACCUCUAUUGUGCUCUUCCUUAACAAGAAGGAUGUCUUCAUCGAGAAGAUCAAGAAGGCCCAUCUCAGCAUGUGCUUCCCUGAUUAUGAUGGUCCCAACACCUAUGAGGAUGCAGGCAACUACAUCAAAUUGCAGUUUCUGGACCUCAACAUGAGACGAGAUGUUAAAGAGAUCUACUCCCACAUGACCUGCGCCACAGACACAGAGAACGUCAAGUUUGUGUUUGAUGCUGUCACUGACAUUAUCAUCAAGGAAAACCUCAAGGACUGUGGUCUCUUCUAA